CAACAGACCAAAUCUCCCUAUGUAUGCACCUUCUUUACAAGUAGGCAAGUGGAACGGGAAUGAAGUCAGCAGUCUCGUCAUUUCUGGGCUCUAGGACUCUUCUCAGUUUCAAUCACUCUCGCUUAUACUCCAUUUUCUUCGCCAAACCCAUUCCUCACCCUCGCCGGCCCUCUUUCCUCUGCACUUAUUCAUCGCGAAUCUCUGCUCCAAUCAUGGCCGCUUCUUUCAAGCCUGAACAAGCCAGGAAGCCACCUGCUCUUCCCUUGCCCACUCCUCCACUCACCAAGUUUAAGAUUGGAUUGUGCCAAUUAUCCGUGACGGCUGAUAAAGAGCGGAAUAUUGCGCAUGCUCGCACAGCCAUCCAAGACGCCGCUGAGAAGGGUGCCAAGCUCGUUGUUUUGCCAGAAAUUUGGAACAGUCCAUAUUCCAAUGAUUCCUUCCCAGUUUACGCUGAGGACAUUGAUGCGGGUGGUGAUGCAUCACCUUCUACAGCUAUGCUUUCGGAAAUUUCUCGCCUUCUGAACAUCACCAUCAUUGGUGGUUCUAUACCAGAGCGCUCUGGAGAUCGGUUGUACAACACUUGUUGUGUAUUUGGUUCUGAUGGAAUUAUCAAAGCUAAGCAUCGGAAGAUACACCUUUUUGAUAUUGACAUCCCUGGGAAGAUUACCUUUAUGGAAUCUAAAACUCUUACUGCUGGGGAGAGUCCAACCAUUGUUGAUACAGAUGUCGGGCGUAUUGGCAUAGGUAUUUGUUAUGACAUUCGGUUUCCGGAACUGGCUAUGAUAUAUGCAGCAAGAGGUGCUCACUUGCUAUGCUAUCCUGGGGCAUUUAACAUGACAACUGGACCACUACAUUGGGAGUUAUUACAGAGGGCAAGGGCUACAGAUAAUCAGUUAUAUGUAGCGACUUGUUCUCCUGCCCGAGCUGACAAAGGCAGUUAUGUAGCCUGGGGCCACUCCACUCUCGUAGGACCGUUUGGAGAAGUUCUAGCUACGACUGAGCACACUGAGGAUAUCAUUGUAGCAGAGAUUGAUUAUACACAAAUGGAUCUCAGAAGGGAAAACCUUCCAUUAUCAAAGCAACGGCGGGGUGAUCUUUACCAGUUGGUAGACUUCCAAAGGCUUAAUUCUGAAUAAUUUGAGCCAAGAGUGUUAAUAGAUAGGUAUGGUGCAUGGAACAAGUUAUAUUAAAGUGAUGAGACUAUCAUUCUGUAGAUUUGGUAAUGUAAAGUUGAUCAUUUAAAUCAUUACAUAAUAUUCAUUCUGUUCGAAAUA